AUACAUUCAUUUUAAAGACACCUCUGGGAAAAGUUCCCAACAUUUAAAGAAAACCUAGAUGUUAAAACUUGAAAUUGGGAAUGAACCUAAGUGAACUAGAAAACGAUCAACUGCAGAAGGAAAUUUAAAAUGUUCCAUGUAUCGUCGAUGGUCUGCUGAAUGUCUCCUACGUGCAAAAUGUGAUAUUGUUUAGGAGAGGUACAUAAAAAAACAUCACAGUAAUUUCUCAACUUCACGGAUGAAGCGGGAAGGUAACCUUACUUACUUUAUUAGAACUUAAAUUGAAAAAAUCUGACUAACUAAAAUUAAACCAGUCAGACAGUCAAUACCCAAUCUCUGUCCUAUACUUAGGAACAUCUUCAUUCUUCAUGAAUUGUUUUUCCACCUUUUUAAUAGAAAAAAAUAUUUAUUUUAGAUUAGAUCGAAUCUAAUACGCUCUUUCAUAUAGUUGAAUGUUUGAUUCGCUUCCUGCAAUGUAGUAAUUGUGGGAAAAAACGAAAAAAAAAAAAGAAAAGAAUGGAGAUUUAUGAUCAUGAAUACAAUCUAUCUUCUGAAGAAAGAUAGUUUGGAUAUACUCAUCAGGGAAAUUUGUUCCCAAUUCCUGGUAAUCAUUUACCAGUUUCUCAAAAUCACUUAUGAACCUAUUUGCAUCAUACCCACUUUUAAAACAUAAUCUAGUGAAUUUAUUGUGCAAGUCGAUAUAAUUUUGCGUCUGGUUAAUAUUAUUUAAAAAUUGUUCAUCUAAGAGGAAGAUGAUCAUAAAACGCAUGAUGGUCCUUUGGCAUAACCAAGCCCAUUUUAACAUGGAAAAACACCGCCAUGAAGAUGAUACUGGUACAGUAGGUAUGCAAGACAAUAUAAACUUACUGCAUUGUAGGCCUUAGCAGUUUAGCUUAACCUGAAAUUGAAUAGAAGUUAAUUUAAUCAAGUAAUUCAGACAAAAGUAGACAAGUAAACCCAAUUAUUUAAAAUUAACACAUUCUAAAACUAAAGUAAGUGCUGAAAGUGAGUCCCUAAUUGACUUUUCCAUGUUAUGGCUGCUCUCAGUAGGUAAAUUGUUACGCUUUCUGAAUGUCACAAACACAGGCUUUGUAAAUGAUUGAUUACAUAAUGUAACACCAAUCAUAUCAGUCUUCAGGUACAUUGUUCAGAUGUUUUUCCAAAAUUGAAUUAAAUAUCUUCUGAAUAUGUUGACGUGGGUUACUAACUACUGGCUUAAUUUGAAUCUUCAUUUCGGUAGCAUCUUUCUUGAACUGUUUGUGGUGGCAGGUAGUUGAUGAUAGGACUUAGUAAACACUUUUUGAAGUGUUUCUGUGUAAUUUUUCUGAUUCUUCUGUAAUUCUGGACUUCAACUCCUCUAAAUUACCCACUGGCUAGAAUCUGGAAGACUUCAUCUUUCAGUGUGCCAUAAAGAAAAAAGAUUUAAUGGGGUUACUUCUGGGCUUUGUGGAGGCUAUUGGUCAUCAAAAGUGAAUUUAAAAAAAACUUACUUACUCGCGCCUUGAUAGCACCGUUGAUGUCUUUCCUUAUAUUAUAUAAUUCAUUUCCAUGUUGUCGUGAUUUUGUACAUGUAAGUAAAAUUUCUUCCAAUGUUCUUUUUUGGUGAAUUGAGUCAUCAUCCUCCUCAUGGUGGGCUAUGACAGCCUCCUUCAAAUUUCCAAAAAAAUUGAAGAUGGUCCAUCCUAGAAAAAAAUAUCUCACUUGUAUUGGUUUUUGUGAUGUUAUAAUGUGCAGGCAGAAUGCAUAUCCAUCCUGCCUUUUUGCAUCUUUCCUCAUUGUGGGUCAAUUUGCCUUUCCACUAGUCCUCCAUUCCUCCAGUUCCAAAUUUUUCAGUUGGCAAAAAAGUUUGUAAAAAAAAAAUGAUUCUGAUAUGAUGUAUGUACAUAAAUUCCACGCAGGUUGACUAGAAUAAUUGUAGAAUUAUUCAAUGUCCUAGUGAAAAUUGUCAACGACCUCUCACUAGUAAUGGCUACUUUUGAAUCAACCAUCAGACAUGUUUAUUUCGAGUCCAGACCACAGAAAUCAUGUAUGAAAAGGAAAAAGUAUCCACUUUAAAAAUCAUCUUGAAAAAUUAAUGAAAGUUUGGAAAAAAAUUAUCGAAUAAUCGAAAAGUUAUUGAAAAAUGAUCAAAAAAACGAUAGGUCUUAGUAGUUUUUUAGCUUGAUCUGAAAUUGAAUUGCAGUUAAUUUAAUCAAGUAAUUCAGACAAAAGUAAACAAUUAAACCCAAUUAUUUAAAAUAAACACAUUCUAAAACUAAAGUAAGUGCUGAAAGUGAGUCCCUAAUUGACUUUUUCAUGUUAUGGCUCCUCUCAGUAGGUAAAUUGUUACACUUUCUGAAUGUCACGAACACAGGCUUUGUAAAUGAUUGGUUCCAUAAUGUACCAUCAAUCAUAUCAUCUUCAGGUACAUUGUUCAGAUGUUUUUCCAAAAUUGAAUCAAAUAUCUUCUGAAUAUGUUGACAUGGGUUACUACCUACUGGCUUAAUUCGAAUCUUCAUUUUGGUAGCAUCUUUCUUCAACUGUUUGUUGUGACAGGUAGUUGAUGAUAGGACUUAGUAAACACUUUUUGAAGCGUUUUCUAUGUAAUUUUUCUGAUUCUUCCGUAAUUCUGGACUUCAACUCCUCUAAAUUACCUACUGGGUAAAAUUUUGAAGACUUCAACUUUCAGUGUGCCAUAAAGAAAAAAAAUCUAAUGGGGUUACUUCUGGGCUUCGUGGAUGCUAUAACCCCCUUUAAAACUAGUUGAUUAUCAAAGAAUGAAUUCAGAAACUCCAUAGUCACAUUAGAGGUUUGAUUUCCAAAAUGUAUUGUGGCACUGUGACCCCAUGUUCGGAACAAUGCUUUCCCAUUGCAACUGUGAUAUUAAAAGCACCAUAAUUCUCUGUCACUGUGGACUGGAAAAACAAAGCAACAAUUAGGUAAUUUUUUAAACAAAAAAAACAUUAUUUGAGGACUAAACUCUAAUAAUAAACAUUAUACUUACAUGCAGAAAUUUCAGGGAUUUCAUCAAUCCUUUUUUUGUAAUGUACGAAUACUAUCCCUAUGAAUUGCUAUGGUGGACAAACUGGUUCAGGGCACUUUUAUGAAACUGCGAUUUCGAUAGCACUGUAAUUCACUGUUACUGUGAAAAAACAAAACAAUAAUCAUUUUUUUAAACAACAACAAAAAAAACAUUACGUAAGAACUAAACUCUAAAACUGCAACUUACUAUCAUCCACAACAUCGUUGUUAUGUUGAAUAAUGAAUAACAUUGCAAUUUGGUGUCAGCUGGUUUUUUAUUGUCCGCUAUGAUUCUGUCAAUGACAGCCUUUACUCUGCUGCUAACUGUUGCUGGAGUGUGAUUUAAUAAAUAAGUGGCAAAUGCCAAUAAUACUUGAACCUCUUCUUCUGAAAUUACUUUAUUAAUCAUUACUCUUUUCACAUCCACCUCAAACUCCUUGUAGGAGAUUUCCUCUAAAGCUUCACAACGCACAGUGGGACCUGAGCAGAAUUUAGGAGGAAAAAAGUCAAAUUGACGGAUGCACCUGAAACCUUUGUUUUCUACUUGAAAAUACUUUAGAGUAACACAUACAAUCAUUAAAAACUCGCCCCACCCACUUUUCCUGGAAUUACAGAUAGAGGAACUUCAAUGUUCUAGGAUUGUGAAAAAUGGUGAAGGUAAUGUUGAUUAGUGCGCGGUGUUGUACAUUUCAAGUUUGCGUGAGUUAAAUAGUAGGUAGGAAAAUUCUGAAACAUGGAAAUGAAAGCUGAAGGGAUGUAGAUUCUAUUAAUGUACUUAAUUUUGAAUUUACAAUUAUUUAUAAUAUAAUUAUAAGCUGUUGAAGUUGGAGAAAAAAUUUGUAAUUUUGAAAUUUUCAAAAAAAUGGUAAACUUGGCUUUCAAAAAUUGGGGUGUAACUUAAAAAAAUUUCAAAUGCAAGAAAAUGUGACACCAAGUGUAGGCUUUUGAAAGAAUCGAAAAUUUUUUGCAACUGAGCUUUAGUUGGUUUGCAAUUUUUGGUUUUAGCAGCCAAAAACGUUGAAAUUUUGCAAAAAAAACUGUUAUAUUUAGUCAUUUUUUUUUCUAUCUAAAAAUUUUUUCAGAAAAAUGGUUUUGGGCUCAAAAGACGCGAAAUUUUAUGCUGUUUCCAAAUCACCUCUCGUAUACUGGAUUUUUCCAAUAAUAAGUGCCCAAAAAUCGUUUUUUUCUAGAGAUUACGUCAAAAUUAGUGAUUUUCCAAGUACCUGAAUUUUCUAAUUUCAAAUUUUUUAGGGUGAAUUCCGGCGGGGGUGUAAUGAUUUUGGUUUUGAAAGAUGCUAAAUUUGAUACCUUCUCAUAAUUUGUUUCAACCAAUGGGAUAAGUUUGCAACUUCUCCCCCUAUGGUGGAAUCAGAAUGAAAUGGAGGGGGCACGAAACCUUUUUCUAUGGUAAUCCAGCUUUUGAGGGGUAAAAAUUGUUUUUUUUUGGUUCUGAAUGCAAAUUUCAUGUCCGAUUUGAAACAUCGUACCCCUAACGUGGUGAACCACCACCCCCCCCCCGCCCCUUUAUAAUCCAAAAUCGAAAAAAAAAUUUAAAUACCAUGUGACGUAUCGUUUGUUAUGUUUUUGGGGACGCUGAAUCCGAAUAUCGACUUCGUUUUUCGAUCUGGGCUUCUCUACCCUUUCCACCCCCUCCCCCACCCUUUAUGAUCCAAAAUUGAAAUAAAUAAUACCAUGUGGCAUAUCGUUUGUUAUGUUUUUGGAGAUGCUGAGUCCGAAUAUGCACUUAGUUUUUCGAUCUGGCCUUCUCUACCCUUUCCACCCCCUCCCCCAACCUUUUAUGAUCCAAAAUUGAAAAAAAUAAUGACGUAUUGUUUGUUAUGUUUUUGGGGACGGUGAAUCCGAAUAUGGACUUAGUUUUUCGAUCUGGGCUUCUCUAUCCGUUCCACCUCCUCCCUUGCCCCUUCUUCAGCCAAAAUUCAAAAAAAAAAUAUAAAACCAUUGGACAUCCGAUUACUAUGGACAAAACCUAAUAAUGGAUUCGGAUUCAGCGCCUCAAAAAACGUAUAUGAGGAUACCCAUAUUGGUUUAUAAACCAAUUUUAUGAUUUUACCCCUUUCCUCCCCCUUUUUCUCACCCUCAGAUGACCAUAGACAAAAAACUAAUAUUGGAUUCAGAUUCAGCGCCUCAAAAAACAUAUAUGAGAAUACCCAUAUUGGGUUUUAAGCCUAUUUUCAUGAUUUUACCCCCUCCCUCCCCCUCUCCCGCACCCCCUGAUGACCAUAGAUAAAAACUACCAUCGAAUUCGGAUUCAGCGCCUCAAAAAACAUACAUGAGAAUACCCAAUUACCCAUAUUCGUUUUUAAGCCUAUUUUCAUGAUUUUACCCCCUCCCUCCCCCUCUCCCACACCCCCUGAUGACCAUAGAUGAAAACUACCGUCGAAUUCGGAUUCAGCGCCUCAAAAAACAUACAUGAGGACACCCAUAUUGGUUUUUAAGCCUAUUUUUAUGAUUUUACCCCCUCCCCUCACCCCCCUAAUGCCCAUAGUCAAAAAUUGAUAUCAUAUUCAGAUUCAGCGCUAAAAAAUACUUCUAGUCAGACAUAUUCCAAUAUUACUACAUUCAAAGGGACUUUUUUCCUCCUAAAUUCUGCUCAGGUCCCACUGUGCAACGUUGCAAUCUAGUUCAGCAUCUACUUGAUCAAACAUCAGAUGUUGGUCUGCUGGACUGAGAUGUGGAAACAGCUCGAGGUUAACAUAUUGUGAUGAAUUAAAUAAUAUUAGAACAAAGGUACUUUUUAAGAAUAGGUAUUGGCUCAUCCACAUGUACAGAUAUGUUUGAGGUAUUUUUUGUAUGCCUCCUCCUCAUUGGCUGCAAAAUUCAAUAGAAUUUUCAAUUUAUUUCAAAUAACUCUGUCGUUUUUCAAGGUUACCUUAACAUAUUAGUGCUUCACUCUUUACUGCACCCAACUUGCUUGCUUCCUUAUAAAAUAAAGCACUAACCUUAUUUAAUUUAAAGAAAAUAUUUUACCUAAGUUAACAUUAUCACCUGAUUUUCUAGUUUUGUCUUACUUCUACACUAGGAUUAAUAUUAUUUAUCAAUAAAUAAACUAAAUCAUUUUUUGUAGCUAUAUGAUGAAAACAUAGUGAAUUCACUUUUGCUUCAUCUUUCAGCUGUUUUACUGCAUAGCCCUGAAAAGGACUGUUGAUAAUGGCUUGAAAAGCCAUAUCAGUAUGCAUGUCGCCUGGGGUGGCCUUUAUUUACAUGGUCGAAAAUGUUUACACCAGCCUACUUUGAACUACCUAGUCCAGAGUGAAGUGGACUAGCAUUCGCCAAACUUGUAAUUUUCAUAUCAAUUCUACCCCCUCCCCCUCGCUUGAUCACGCCUGAUCACAUGAGAGAAAAUCAUUAAAAAAAAAUUACUUUCUGCAUAUGAAGUCCACCAAAUCCUCUAGGCAGGCUUGGCACUUGUCUACGUUGAUUCCAGGGAACACUGCCCCUUCAGGCCAUGCUUCCCUGCGAUAAAGGUGGCGGUUACGUCCCACUCUCCAGAGGGCAUCACCAUUAGGAUUUGGCUGAAAAUGGGGAGGUGCAUUCAUUACAGCUUCAACCUGCGAUUCAUCAGUUGAUUCAUCACUGGAUUCGCCACUGAAAUCGUCACUGGAUUCAUCCAUGGAUUCAUCCAUGGGAAUAUUGGAAAACUCUUUUUGAAACUGCACUCCAGAUCUCAGUUUUCAAUCUCGCGAUAUUGGCUUGUGAAUCCGCUAUAGUUGUUUCUAAUUUCUCGAUCAUGGUUUGAGAUUCCACAUUUAGGGCACUGGCAGUUUCCAGUGCCAUUUUCAAGUUUUUAAUUUUCCAUACACUCGCAAGAUGAUCUGCUACAUAUUGUGCAAGGCUCUUCUGGUAUCUAAGAAACAGAAAUAUCCAGAAAAGAAAUUUGUUAAUUAAAUCUGCUAUAGAAAUCUUGUACUUAUCGAAUAAAAAUUGCGAAAAGAUGUUCCACUUACUUAAUUUCUUUCUUAUUUGCACUAAAAUUAUCAAAUUUCCACAAAUUGCAAAAUAAUUUUCACUAUCUGUCUCCAUGACGCAAUUGUUACAUUAAUGUUGGAAAAAAAAAGGCACACAACAUAACAUUAAAUUACAUUACCUACAGCGGAACAUUACAACCAAAAUUGCCAAUGUGACAACAAAAAUAACAGAAAUGAUUUGCCAAUUUGCUACACACACAUAUUUAUGUAGCCUAAUACCAAAGGUGGCGCCCAUUCUCCACCAGCAUUUACACAAAAUGACACAGUGAUAAUUUCUAUAUCAGAAUUUGAAUUUAGAGUCCCGUUUUGAGUAUCCAACCACUUCCUUCGGAGACCUUGAAUGAGUUCUCUCCAUUUCUGUGCUGCUCAGCAUCUCGCACAUUCUUUUGUGCUUGCAUAUAUUCUGCAAUUAUUUCCCACUUUGUUUUAAUAAGUGGAACCUUCCAUUACAUCCCAGUAUGAUGCAUGAAAAAAUGAAUUUUCUGCCUCAUCUUGCUAUUCUAUAAAAUACACAAUACAUUUUAAAAAAUAAUUCUUAAUCUCAAGCUUAAAUGAAUAUGACAUGCAGAAAAUUUUAAAUCUGGAUUUUUCAUUUUGAAAUUUGAAAAUAAUGAGCGUAAUGUUUCAUAAUCCAUGAAAUUGUCAAUAAAGUGAGCCAUGGGAUAACCUACUCCAUAUUCAUCUGGCAUAAUAAAAUUUAUUAAAUAAAAUCCAUACUGAUAACUUUCAUAGGUAAAGCUUUCUAUUGACACAUCUCUAUAUUAUGUUGCAAGAAAAUACAAAUUUUCUGCCUCAUCUUCCCAUUCUAAAAAAUACACAAUAAAUUUUUAAAAAUAAAUCUUAAUCUUAAGCUUAAAUUAAUAUGACAUGCUGCGUCUCCGGAUUCUUUUUUUUUUCCUCAAAAAACAAUGUAUAUUUUUUUUCCUACGUCGCGCAUAUGGUCCACUGUUGUCAUGAAUUCUGGAAACGGAUCCAUUGAUUUUCCCUCAUCAACGCCUUCUUUGUUAGUAAACUCGUUCUGCAGGCGCUGUAAUAAAAGACAAUUGAACACAAAACAAUACAUAUACAACUUUUUACCUAUAGGUAUAAAUGAUUACCGUAGGUACAUAUGCAUAUAAAAAAAUCUCAUUCUCCCUUUUACUAUUGCGUUUUGUUAUUUUCGGAAUUGGUAUCUUCCACUAAAAUUCCCUGCGCUGUGCUGAUUCUAUUCAAUAACAUUCUAGCAACGAAAAUUGCCCUGUCGACUUCCCGAUUAAUCUCCUGCGGUACGUAGAUCCUCUACGGAAUAAUUCUGGCGGCAUCUCGUCCAUGAUCUCCCCUGCCCCUGCCAGGUGAUCCACACCCACCACGCCCACGAUCGGAAUAUGAAGGGUGUGGACCGGCGAGCAUGGGGUCUUCCAAGACCGGCAUUUCGUGUAUCUGAGCUGCUAAUUGACCAACUGGAGCUGGAAUGGCCGGUAUCGGAUCCGCCAGUGGUGGUAUAAUCGCAGCAGCCGGUGGACCGUUGUUUGGAUUCCUCAGUUCGCGUAUUUCUUCUAAGAGUACUUGGUAGUCGGCAUAAGUGGGAACGGCAGGAGCCGCAGGCGCCUCUUGAUUAGACCUUUUAUGAUGCGUCCAGUCAACCAGUAUACAGAUAUACACAAUUUACAAAUAUUAAUUCAACGCACUUAAUUUUUAACGUACUUAGUUACUUGAAAUUUAGAAAUUGAAACCUAACCUAACCUAACCUAACCUUAUAGGAUGUUCCUUAGAAAAGUGGGUAUUGUACCAUGGAACAUGAAAUUUUUCAACUUUAAACAGAUUUGACGCAUACUUACAAAUUGAUUUCAAUUUGUCGAAGUAGGUACAAAACAAAAUUGAAAUUGAAUUUAAAUUUAAAGCGAACGUAGUAAAACAUUUUUCGAUUACAUCUUUUUAAAACGUUCAUACUAUCGGCAUUCCCCAGAGCUCCUUUAAACCAGUUGUUUACUGUGAGGCAUAUCAACAUAUACCCUAAAAAUAUUUAAAACAACACAAACCUGAUGAAAAAUUCAUGAAAUGUCAGUCAGAAAUUCAUCAAAAAUCGUUCAAAAAAAAUAAAAUAAUUUAUUAUUUCAAAAAAUUACAAACACGUGAAAAUUAAAAUUUAAAAUAUAAAUUAAAAUUACCUUAAUAAAAUUUGCAACAAUGUAAAUGAUCGAUUCGCGAAUAUAAUUAAACAGCAACAAAAAAAAAAAAAAAACUUGAGUUAUAAAAAGAAAAUUGCACAAUCUGAAUAAAAAUAGAAAAUUUACUCAAGUCAGUAGUAAAAAAUUCAGAAAUUAGUUAAAAUUUAACGUAUAUUUAAAAAAAAUAUCACUAAAUUAACGUAACGUAGGAAGGUAAUAUAAAACUAAUAAAAAACACUGGUUUCGGUACCGGAAUGUCGUAAUAAGAAAUAGAUACAUCGUUAAAGAGAAAAGGAAACCUUAGAGUAGCACACAAAAAAAUCAAAAAAUAACCACAGAAGCUGACGGGACGCAGUCGUCUCGUCUCUGUCCUUUUUUGCGGAAAGAUGACAAAAUAAUAAAAAAAUCUCAACGCGGUACCGGGGGCGUUUGCGCCGACUAAGGAUUCAUUGCUAGCUGGCGCAAUCCCUGUACGAUUUCGGUUGUCGCAGUCGACCGUUGGAUUUUAUUUCUUUUAUCUAUGGAUUCGGCGAGUUCAUGGUCGGUUGCUGCUCGUGAUUGUAACUGUCGCAUCCUUAUGGGGAGAGAGUUGCGAUAUGCAACCUCUCUCCAUCGCUUGAUGUCCGUGUUCGGAAUACAACGUAUCUUGCCAGUGGCCGGUGUGGUUCCUAAGAACCACACCCGGCAUAGCGUCAUCAUACCUCGGGUUUCAAAUUCUAUCGGGAAAAACAACAUUCAUUAGACACGAUACUAAUUCCAAAAUGCCUUAUUAAUUUUGGUAAUAUAAAAAUGUAAGUAAUUAAUAAGAUCUGACACACUGAAUUUUUAAAAUAUGAAAAAUAAACGUUUCAACUGUAAGGAAAUGAGGGUUAAGUUGCACUAUCACAAACGAGUAGGUAUUUACAAUAAUUGAGUUAGAGAAAAGAAAGAUGUUACACGUAAAACAACAGCUAGCUAACUAACUAUUGUUUUAUUUGGAAGAGGAUGAUAUUAAAAAUUAUCCUCUCCCAAUCACUCACAGUCACCAACACUAGGAAACAGUGGCAUUCGGUGGUCUAAUCGACACAGGGUAAAAAGACAUAAAAAAGUCAUAAAGUUUGACCACAAGCUGGGUUGCAAAUGGAAAAACUUAUGGAAAGACAGAAGGAAGACAGAAGGUGAAUUGUACAACGAUGAGUAGAUGAGUAAUUGAAACAAAAAUGCAAAAUGUUGCAUUUUAACCAACUGCAUAAUGCAUAGGUAUAGGUAACCAAUGUAGUCGUAAGGCAGAGCAACUUAACAAAUCCAGAAACGACUUUUGUUAUUUGGUUAAAAAAAAAAUCCUGUAAAAUAGCCACUUUCUUAAAAUGUUUGAAAAUUGAAAUUUGAUAACUUCGAUGGCGAAUCCGGGUGUUAUUUUUUGACUUAAGCAAAAUAUGUUUUUUCUCUGUAAAGUUUUGAGGUACCUUAGAAUAUUUAUUUAUGCAUAGCGCAGGCCUUCAACUCCAAAGAUAAGUCAUUGGUUCCUAGACUGUUGAAAAGUUGAAAAAAAAACAGAAAUCAGAUGACAUUUUCCCCUUUUUUCAAGCUUUCAUGAAGGGCGGCUUUUCCACACACACUUUGUUACCGAGUUAUAAAUUGAUAUGCUCUCUUGUCUAUUUUUCAAACUUGCUGGCUCGCUCAGUAAUAAUUGACUUGCGCAUAAAGAACAGAGAAAAACAAGAGGUGAAGAAGAGAAGGUCACCUGAAAAUUCUCCGCUUCAUCUAACAGGAUAAACAGUUGCUGGAAAAAAAUUACAGCUCGCGAUGUUUCCCCGCUUAAAUCUGAAAAAUGGAGAGAAAAAACUGCUGCCACUGCCAGUAGCGUUACCAAAAACAACGUCGAUUAUGUUCUAUGUAUAAAUAAAUGUGUUGAUAAAAAUGGAAAAAAGUACAUAUCAUGUCGACUAACUCCACUAAACGCUAUAAUUUCCAGACCAAUAACAUUUUACAAUUCGAUACGCAAACCAGACCUAGUCUAAUCCUUGAAUAUUUCAUGGUAUCUUAGGUAAAAUUAAAAUUUCACGAAACGCGAUUUUUUCUUUAUUUUACGGACGUAAUUGGUCACCUUUGUAAGGUAAAUUUGAUUCAGAUUAUUAUUGGAAAACAAAACAAUUUUUUUCCCCUUCGAUGUAUUUUUAGAUCGAUUCGGGUACUAAACAUUACCAAUUAUUGUACAUAGUAAACAAGUAGGUACCUAAACAUAUGUACUUGGAAGAUGUAGAAUGGGUAAAAUGGAUGAGAAUUUUUCACACAUCGAUUGUCCUCUGUCGCGUUCGUAAUUGAUUCCAAUUUGCAAUUUGCACUUUUUGUUUUUGUUUUUUUUUUUCGAAACAUAAAUUAAACGAGAUGAGAAUGGAAUUGUACAGAGUUGAAUUUCGAAGUUUUUUUUUUUUUAAUAUCAAUGUUGUGUAUUGAAGCAGAUUUCAUCGUGAUAUGGGCCAAGUUAUAUGUGACGAUGAAUUGGAAAUAGAAAAGGGUUAAUUAUUAUUAGUGGGUUCCUAUUCCAUAAUCGCGUCAUUAUAUGUACUGAAUCGAAUCACGUCAUAGCAUUCGAAUACUAUUAUUGAUGGUUGAUUCGGCAUUAUUUACGUAGUCUGCGGGUCAUCGACGAAUGCCUCCUUGGUUACCGUGAACUUGACAUUUUGCUAAGAUCAGAUUAGGAAAUACUCUGGUGUUUGUAUGAAUGUAUAUUGUGCGAGAUUUUUUUAGUUUCAAUGUAUGUAUUUACAUACAUCUCCAUACACCCAGUGAGGAGAUGUUGAAUGAUUACUUACUUACAAGUUGAUGUCGUGUUCCUUGGGUCUGGGGUCCGUCUCUGCACUGACUUUGAAUUUGAAUGUGCAGUUGGUUAAGAAGGUAAGCACCAUAUCCAUUAGUGCCCUAAUAUCCGUACAUGCACUCUGGUUCUCGAUGGGACAUUCUCUUCGUAAUACUCGAUAAGCAUACGUUGAUCGUGAAUCUGUAUGACCGAAUUCACGCCUUCCUACUGAUUAGCUACUUGAUAAGUGUGACGAAAAGAUGAACCUUGCUAUAUAAUGCCUUUUUAAUUAUUUUGUGAAACUUUGAAACUUGAAUUGAAUAUUUCGAUCUCAAUUUUUGGUGCAAGUUCUCAAUUUUAUUAUUUUCUUCUGCGUGGUUUAAAAGUUGGCAAAUUCGUAGAUUUUUCUGAUUUCAUCUUUGACGUUAAAGGCGAAAAGAUGAGAAAAGUGUAGAAUCUUGGCGGAAUAUAUGCACUUGUUGAACUCUUCGUUUCGUCUGAGGCUGCAUAUGGAACUGACCCGUCAUUCAUCACGUUGUAUCAGAUGAUUCUCGGGGUUAUGCCUCUGCUUCCUAUGUAGAUAUUGUUAAGUCACAGAAUUAACAAAGAUCAGCAAUCAUACAAUUAUAAUUCACGGUUGAAUUUUUUACCGACAUAAAAAACAAUGUAAGUAUAAUAUUACAUAGGUAUUUACGACUAUAUCACUUAGAAUUAACAAAGAUCAGCAAUCAUACAAUUAUAAUUCACGGUUGAAUUUUUUACCAACAUAAAAAACGAUAUCAGUUAUUAUCGGAUGAGGGAUGCUGUUGCGGCUCCUCUGCAAGCAGCUGGCCCUGGGCUUGGCUAAUCCUGUUGAGCAAAUUUCUAGCGCAGAAUACUGCCCGAUCCACCUCGCGUGUCUGAAAAAUAUCCAAACAUUAAUGAAGUUGAAUUUAAAAUUUGUAAAUAAGUACUUAUUAAAUUUAGGCACUUACGAUUUCUGGCGGAAUGGAAAUUCGAUAUGGAAUAAUCCUGGAGUCGCGUGCUCCAUAUGAUCCUCCACGCCCUCCACGCGUGCCACCCCGUCCACCGCGCGGGUGAUCAUUAUAUGAUUGUCCUUGUCGUGGCUCAGGCUGCAUGUUCGGGUGCGGGUCUUCAAGUACAGGUUGCGCGUGUAUUAUCGCAGCAGCUGGAGGAUUAGCCGGUGGUACAACUUCAAUCCGGAGCACGUUGAAUCUCAGCCGCCGGUGGUAUCGCAGGAGCAGCCGGUGCCGCCGGUGCCGGAUGAUUGUUACGAGCUUCGCGCAGCUGUUGCAAUUCCCUCAUAAUAUCCGCAAUGGUUGGCUGAUCUUGAUUAGACUGAAAAAAAUUAAAAUAAUUGUAAUAUUAAUAUAUUAUAUGUACUUAGUGGUUUAUAUAAAUUAUUCAAAACACGCGGUGGUGAAAGCGGACAGACUUUAAAAAUUGUAAAAACAUAUUGUAAGUAAUUAAAACGCUUACCAUUUUAUUAUUCGGAUUAUUCGAUGACGUCGAUGAAUGAUAGAAAUAUUUUUACUUAGAUAUAUUCGUAAUCGAAUGAUUGAAAUAAUUUUAAUUAUAAAUUCGUAAUCGUAUACAUCAAGACAUCAACUCAACUGAAUAACUCAUAAAUAAAGGCUAAAAAUGCGCGAACUGGGUUCAGUCAGGGUUGCCAAAUUGGAUUUUUUAAGUGCUACAUGAUCAUGGCCGAAAUUAUGCCUUUCAAGUUUCUGAGCAAUUUCAAUUUUAACGCGCUAUCAAGUCUACUGCAGGUGGGUCAAGUCAUUUUGGAGCCUCCAGCAACUUUUUGAAAAUUUCAAAAUCCAAAUUUCAUCUCCUUUUAGAUAAAUAAUUGCUGAAAAUUUGUGAAUUGUGGAUAAGGAUAAUUAUGCAGAAAAACAAGACAAUUAGACAAUCAUGGUGGGUGGCUAGAUUGUGGCACAGUUCGCUGGUUGGCCAAUGGCCAUUCAAAACCGUAGAGGCGUAGACAUAAACAAUAAAAAAAAAUGUACCAUUUUGUGAUAACGAAUAAUUAGCUGAAAAUUCAAACACUUCUAUAGGGCCUUGAAUUGAUUUCGGGUUUUGCGACUUGCGAGUUGGAUCUCCUUUUUUUUUUUUUUUUUGCACAUCGCUAGCAGCCAGGGCUGGUGGAACGGAACAGAACGGAACAAAUAAACGGAACAAUAAACAAAUCAGGAAAAAAUCUUAUUCAGAACGGAACGGAACGGAACAGAACCAAAUGAACAAAACCAGAACAGAACAAAUAAGAUAACGAAGUGUUCUUGAACAGAACAGAACAGAACAAAACAGAACAAAAAAUGGAACGGAACAGAACAGAACAAAUUUCAGCUUUCCAAAUUCCAUCUUCAUUUGGUAAAAUUUAGUGGAAAUUUCGAUUCUCAAAAGGUCAAUAAUCUGCUGGAAAGUUGCAGAAAAUGCAGAAUUGCUCAAAAUGGCUGAAAAUCAUUUUCAAAUUUCAAUUGAUUCGGCGGGAUAAGAUUACCUAUAACUUAUAAGUAGCACAUUCCAAAUUCUGGUUUUCAGUUUUCUAGAUGAAUUUUCAGAAUUUUGUAAAAUUUUGAUUUUUUUCUCAUUUUGGGACCAAAUUUGAGUUUAAAAAAAUUAAAUUCAUCUAAAAAUGAGAAACAAAGUGCACUUCAAUUUUUGAAAUUUUCAGAAUUUCGGAUGGUGUCAAAUUUUGCAUGUUAAUUUGUUCAUUUGAUGAUUUGAUCUAGCUUUGUCUAGUUCAAUUCAAAAAAAUUUCUGCCAGGUAGGAUACUUCCCCCCCCCCCCCCUUUGUUAAAACGGAACGGAACGGAACAGAACAGAACAGAACAGAACGGAACAAACAAAUGAUGAGCAAAACGGAACAGAACAGUAAAAAUGCGAAGUGAUUUGUUCAUGAACGGAACGGAACAAAACGAUCGUUUCGGUCACCAGCCCUGCUAGCAGCAUAGCCGUUGUAUGUGCUUAGGGUAUAUCUAUCUACGUAUAUCUGUACUGUACCAGAGUGAAUACUGAUGUGUGUGUGUGUUUUUUUUCUACUCGCAUGUUAUAUGGGCACGCAAUGCGAAGUGGACAUAAACGAAUGCGCUUCAAAUCCUUGUUUCAACGGUGGCCACUGCAGCGAUUUGAUUAAAAGCUACAAAUGUACAUGUCCGGCCGGUUUCACCGGACCUAGAUGUCAGACGAAUAUAGACGAUUGUAUCAGCAGCCCUUGCCGUGACGGUGGCAGAUGUCUAGACUCGAUCACCGGAUACACGUGCGAUUGUCCUCUCGGAUUCACCGGAAUAAGCUGCGAAAUCAACAUCAACGAUUGCCAAUCAGCGCCUUGCCAUCAUGGCAAAUGUAUCGACGGAGAGAAUUCGUUCAGUUGCUCUUGCCAUCCAGGCUACACCGGAUCACUUUGCCAAUACUAAAUCGACGAAUGCGCCAGCUCCCCGUGUAUGUACGAUGGCACUUGCCUCGAUCUGGUCAACGGAUACCAGUGCCGGUGCAAUCCUGGCACUUCAGGAAUCAAUUGCCAAUUCAACAUUAACGAAUGUACUUCCAACCCUUGUCGAAAUGGAGCCAAAUGCGUCGACGGUGUUAAUCGUUACUCUUGCGAAUGUGUGCCCGGAUUCACCGGACUGCAUUGCGAAAUUGAUAUCAACGAAUGCGCUUCAAAUCCUUGUUUUUUUGCCAUAAAAAUCUAGAGAUUUAAUCGUAGAGGUUUGAAACUUCAUUUAUAAAUAGCGACACCCUUUCCGCGCCAGAUGCAAUUUACAGAAUUGAAAAAUAUUUAUUUACUUGCCCUACAGAAAAGUCACUGAAAAGUGGGCCGAAUUACCCCAGCAAUCGGGGUAAUUCGGCCAUCCCUUUUUUUCCACAUGAAAAUGACGUAAAAAAGUACCGAAAACGCAAGUUUAUUACUAUUAAGUACAAAAUAUAAGUACCUAUCUAUCGAAAACGAAUUAUCUACGAAUAAAUCAUCAUUACAAAGUUACUAAAAACCAUCGGAGCUCUCAAAAAACGAUAAUAGACCUCGCUUAUCUCCUCGUACGUUCAUUUUCUUGUAGAUAUCUUCAAGUUUCACAGUGGCAUAUUCAUUGCAGUUAGGAAAAGCGAAGGUAUUUCCUGGUCGUCUGCGUAGGAAUUUAAUUUUAAACGUUUUUCCAGGACUCAGUACUGUAUCUACUUGGCCAAUGUAAAUUUUGAUUCGAUUAUCAUCUUCUGAUUUAAAUAGCACCGCGUAGAAUUCUCCAACAUCAGGAUUGAAAUCAGGGUCCUCUUCAGUCGAAACAUCGCUUAAAUCUUCGUCAGAUUCGUCCUCGUUAUCACUGUUUUCAUUCUCGUCACCACUGGCCUCAUCAUCUGACCCCUGAAAUAAUUCCUGCUCUAAAUUCUCAUCUUCGUUUUGCGGAUUAAAUGGGUAAAUUCCGGUGGCCUUGAAACCAGCAACGAUGUUUUCUGUCAUGUUCUUGGUUUGUUAAAUGGACUCGUUUAAGAGCAGCGAAAACGAACAUUUUGGCAGCACGCCUCUGUUUUUCAUUUUCCAUUUCUCAAUAUCAGAGCGCCAACUUCCUUUCAUCGGACGAAACACAGCCACAUCCAACCGAUUGGUCUUUUUAAAUAUUACAAUGAACAAUAAAUUUUUCAGAAGAAAUAUUACUAUUUUAAAUGGUUACUACUGCGAUUAUCUUCCAUUUUUUUUCUCGUUUCACAUGCAAAUUAUAAGACUUCACAAUACAUACAGGACGAACAAAAAUAUGAUUUACGUACCUGAGAAAUUUUUUUGCUGAAAUUGCAAUCUCAGCAAAAUUUCUGUCACCCACAGGUUGAGAUCUGCUAAACAGCUAUUCCAUGAAACUGGGAAGUGGAAACCCCAAUGAACCGGUAUUAUUGCGGUAAUUAGCGCGAAAAAAACAAUUCUCACAAAUAAAUUUAAAAUUAUGUUGGUAAUUUACACAGAAAUUACGAAAAUCGAUUUUUUUUGAAAAAAAAUAUUCCAACACUAUAACGCAAAUGAUUAAAAUUGUCUGGUGAUUUCCAUGAAAUUACAAAAAAAAAGAAAAUUUUUUUUUUUGAAAACAAAUAUCCAAAACGAUGGUGCAAAUGCUUAAAAUUAUUUGAGGUUGAGUUCAAAAUCCAUUUUUCACUCAGGAAAAAAUCACCAUGAGUGAUUUAACAAUGACAGAUAAUUUUUUUUGAAUUUCCAUUUUCUUUUUUAAAGAUGAAUCAAGUGCAUGAGAUUUAAGCAUAUCUUGUAAAUGCCAUGACCAUUUGAGCUUCCAAUGUUUCCAUUCCUUUGAAAAAAUCUUCAAGUCUUUAAAAAAUUCCUACGGAAAAUGGCGCAUUUCAUCUGAGAAAAAUAUCCCUGUAUUUUUUACACAAUUCGGAUCGAUCAUCUUAUAUUUGCACAUACAUACUUCACCUCUGUUUGAAACAAGUAAAGUCGGUCUUUGCAAUUUUUCUUGGAUGUCUUUUAUUUCUUUCAACAUCUUUUUGCACUCUUCAUCCCUCGCUUGAGUAGAAUCUUUGGAAUUAUUUUUUGUUGAGUGCAAAUCUGCAGCAAUUUCGUUAAUCGCUUUAUCGUUGGUUCUUUUGAACAUCUAAAUCAUUCGAAUGCAAGUUCAAGUGAACGGCAGCAAAUUUCCGCACAAUUAAUACAAAAAAUAACCAUAGGCAUGUUUUUCCAGGCGUAUUCAAAUUCUAUAGGUAUUCGAUAAUUUUACCCGAAGAAAUCAAGAAAAAUUUUGAAAAAAUUCUCUUACUGCUGAACUUUUGAUAACCUGGAUUUCUUAGAUAAAGUUCAUACAUGUAGACACUAGACUGUGAAUAAUUGAGAAGCAUUCGCUCGAAAUUAUAUCAUUGAAUAGUUUUGAAUUUUAUAAUCAAACAUGUAACGCCAAUGAAAUAUAAUAGGUAGGCAUAUUAAAAAUAAUCGAUACUUGAUAAAUACAUUAGUAAUAAAAGCAAUUACCCCAAGAAAAAAACAAAACUGAUUGCAUUUUAUUAAAUGUCUCCACACAAUAAAAAACGUUUUCUCCUUACCUAUAUGAAGAAAUUCAAAAAUAUCCUAAAAAAUUUUGUUAUGAAGUGCCAUACUAGAUAAACACCAGCAGACCAGCACAGAGCAGAAUUGCUCACUAUAGUUGUAGCGAGAAAUUGGUCGGUAUUUCACAGCCCCAUGCUGUGACAGUUCCAUCUACUGUAUUACCUAAAUACAUAUAAGAAGAAGGUUAUUAUACAAGUCAUAUAAAAUGAAAGUUAUACUUUCCCAGGAAUAAAAGUUUUAUAAAAUUUUAUAAAAAAUACCCAAUUUCAAAAGGUUUUUUUAGUUGUAAGAGAGAAAAAAAAUAAGUUUUUCAAGACUUGGGUGAGCUCCAUCAAAAAAUAUACAAUAAAAUGCUACAAAAAUGGCUUGAAAUUCUGCAUAAACUUCAUUUUAAAAAAAUAUCAUUUAAAAAUUUAUUAAAUCUUCAUAAAAAUGAAUAAAAAUUUAUGAGACUCUAGUAAAAGUUGAUUCUUUAAAAAUAUAUUAAAAUGUUGUUAAAACAUUUAAAAAUGACUAAAAGUUGAUCCUGGAAAAAAAACAAAAAUUAAUAAAUGAAAAAAAUUGAAGUAGGUGUAUUAAACUUAUUAAAAGUACUUACAUAGCUAACCACCCUGGGCUGGUACUCCGUGUACCAUAUUUCAAGCACCACUGAUAAAGCAUAACCUGUAGUAAUGAUUGCAGCUGGUUUUGCGGGACAGUCGGCGCAAACUUUCUGUUUCCUCAUAGAGAAGUGGAAUACAUAUUCCAUAGGUUGAAACAAAGAACACAUAAAAUAAUUUCUAUCUAUUUUAUUAAUUUCUAAUUGUAAAAUUAAAUAUGUACUUUAAAAAAAUUACCUUUUCAACCAGGAAAUUUAAAUUCCCUGGAGUCUCCAGGAAUGAUAGUUUUCUACUGACAACCAAACACAAAUCCAAAUAUAUAGGUACAUUUAUUAAAUGGAAAAAGAAAUUAUAAUACUAUACUUGUUUAUUUAAAUUGUACAAUGUUCUGGAAUAUACAUAGGUACUAUAAAAAUACAAUUAACAAAAACAGUUUACAACACACACGGUUAUUCAGAAAAGUGAGGCUGUAGGUAUAUCUCACGUGCUUAAUAAUUCCCAAUUUUGGCCUUUUUUUGAAGGCAAGUUCACAGCUGUUCUGGAAUAUACAUAGGUACAAUAAAAAUACAAUUAACAAAAACAGUUUACAACACACAUGGUUAUUCAGAAAAGUGAGGCUGUAGAGUGUAGGUAUAUCUCACGUGCUUAAUAACUCCCAAUUUUGGCCUUUUUUUGAAGGCAAGUUCACAGCUGUUAUGAUUCUGAAAAGUGAGAUCCUAAAUCUAAACAUCGUAUCGUUGACCCUACCCCCUCCUACUCACUACAUCCAAUCUGGAUUCAUCGACUCUCAUCAUCACCUCCACCCCUGUCCACUCCCCAGACAUUCUUUCAUUCAUAAAUAAAAUAACAAAAUUACAUCAUUCUUAAAUUUAUUAAUUAAUUAAAAAAUGUAACCUUAGAAAUAAAGCCUCCUUACUGUCCUUUCACUUCUCCUUUUUACCCAACUGCAUCAAAUAUACUUCAUUGCCCCAAUUUUUGGUUUUUUCCUGAAGGAUAUUUCACAGCUUCUUGAAUUCUGCAAAUAGAAAAGUGAAUUAAUAAAAAAAAUCCAUAAAAUAUUUUGGUAUACAAAAAAAUUGUUGUGCUUCCUAAUUUUAGGAUACAUUGAUCGCAUCCUAGACAUUCUUUCAGUAUUUCAGGUAAGAACUACGAAAUUUCUAUCCAACUUCCUCCAUCACAUGGACAUUUCUUCAUAUUUCUCAAUGAGAAACGAAAUAUGUACUCAAUGGCCUGAAAGCAUACAAUAGAUAUUAAUUUAAAAUGUUCAAAUUUACCUAAAACAUGGAAUUUAAAAAUGAGUACCUAUUUGAAAAAAUUUGAAGGUAAUGGUUUUAUUCAAAUGUAUUAAAGAAUAUGCAAUAUGCAUGCAUACUUUUUGUUUUAUUCGGUUUUUUCUUGGUGUUGAGGGACAGGGUCCGAAUACUAUCACUCUGCCUAGGUUCCAUGAUCAUUGUUCUUCGUUUUGGGGUGGUUGGGCCUCGGAUCGGAAGUGACAGGUAGCAUAUGUUGUUCUAUACAAAAAAAAAAAGUAUUAGGCACCCACACUAAAGAACAUUGAUAAAAUUAACAAAUAAUAAAAUAUUUACCUCAUCAUAAAUUUCGCUCCUCUCAUCACUGCUUAAGUUUAUUUGCACCGCAUGCAAGCCCAGUACGAAUUCGACAUAUUCAUCAUCAUUCAAGUAUGAAAACGUCGAAAACGAAUACGACGUUUACAGACACACAAUACGUAAUUGCACAGCAACAUUUUUUUCGAAUCAGUUCACAGUUGAAUUUUACUGAAGCAAUACAAUAAAAUUACACAAAUUACCAUGAAAAUUGAUCAAAAUUACAUGGAAAUGAUCAGAAAAUCAAUAAUACAAAAAAUCACAAUUUUUCUAACAUUAAUUUCAAUAUAUUGUUGCGUUCUUGCAAGAUGCAGAUUGUUUUAGCCAGCUCCACAUUUUUGGUUUCCAAAUGACUGUUUCGUUCCUUCAUCAGCAUUUAAUGCUGAUGAAAAAACGUCUACAAAUGAAUUUUGUUGGAUGGAGGACCACUCGAAUUUUCGAUCCUUUUUUGUUAAAUCUGUCAACAGUGCGAUUCUUAAUGCAAACUUCGAAAGAAAACAACGAAAGAAACUCGUUAAACCCACGAAACGGCGCACUUGAUGCACGUUUUUUGGCACUGGAAAUUUUUCAAUCAUGUUCGAUUUAUUGGUACCUGGACAAACGGUGUUACCACUUUCAAUUUCAAAACCAAGAAAUUCUAUUUUCUUCACCCCGAAAUCACAAUUUUCUGGUCAUGCUGUCAAACCAUAUUCGCGCAAGGUUUGCAAAACGAGUUCUAAACGCACUAAAAGUUUGAGAAGAAAUGUUAAGUAUAUAAAAUAUGUAAAAAAAAAAUAUUAAAAAAAUCAAGUUUUACAAGAUUCAAACUGAAUUUAAUGAUUGAUGUUAGCGAGAAAAUACGAGAAUCGGAGUAUUUUUAAUAAAAACAGAAGAAAAAGUAAAUUUCAAUCGUUAUAUUAGCCUGACUGAACCCUUAAUUCUCUGAAUGGCGUGAUGCUAGCAAGAUUCGGGUUGCCUGGUACAAAAGGAGGGGUGUCAGUAGGUGCUGCUCCCUCUGGUGCGCACCUAAAUCCACUUCACAUCGAUACCUUUCUUUUCUUUCUUGCAGUUCUUUGCUUCCUGACCAUAUACGUCGCAGUUAUAACACCUGCGGCCUGCAUUUUUACAUUCAGUUUCUUUGUGGAAAUAGUCGCUGCAUUUGCCACAUCUUAUUGCAGAUUUUUCAGCGCUAGACAUCUUUUUCAAAUGCUCGAUCUGUUCUUAGACUUAAAAAUAUUUGGUUUUUUUUAAAAUUGUUUAUUUAGGAAUAGAAUUGACAUCUUAGAAUAAUUUCUACCUUAGGUAUGUUUAUAAAAUUAUUCAAAGAAAUUCUAAUAAUAAAAUUUACAUAACAUUUACAAGAGUCAUCAUAAUCGGCAUUGUGGUAAAUGAUGGAUUGGAGUUUGUCGAAGUUGUUCAGCAUUCCAGAGAGAAAUUGUUGUACUUCUGAGGUAGUUGAGAUGUUCAGCGUUUUGUAGAUCAAUUGGUACUGGAGGUCUAUUGUAAGCCCAUUUUGGGCACUGAAGGAAAAUGUGAGGUGUUUCUUCCUCACCACAUUCACAUAGAGGGUUAUCUGAGCGAUGUCUUGCAAAAAGGUAAGAUCUGAAAACUCCAUGACCAGAUACAGCUUGGCCCAAGUAGAAGUCAAGGUACCUAAAUUUCUCGACUUCAUCACUAUCAAUCCCAGGCAAAGUGCCGGAAAAAUCCAGUUCUUGAUCGUUAUACUUGAAGACGAAAGUACUUUUAACUUGAAACCACGUGCAGGUAUCCAGUUCCAUCAGAAGAACGCUAACAUUUCCAGAAACAGAUCCACGUUUUCUACACUAACUACCUAUGCACAUUACAAAGAGCAAUAAAUCAAAAAUAAUAAUUUAAAAACUUACAUCCUAGUAAAUCUCCUUCUCCAGGCAAAGUGCCGCAAAAAUCCAGUUCUUGAUCGUUAUACUUGAAGACGAAAGUACUUUUAACUUGAAACGACGUGCAGGUAUCCAGUUCCAUCAGAAGAACGCUAACAUUUCCAGAAACAGAUCCACGUUUUCUACACUAACUACCUAUGCACAUUACAAAGAGCAAUUAAUCAAAAAUAAUAAUUUAAAAACUUACAUCCUGGUAAAUCUCCUUCUCCAGGCAAAGUGCCUCAAAAAUCCAGUUCUUGAUCGUUAUACUUGAAGACAAAAGUACUUUUAACUUGAAACGACGUGCAGGUAUCCAGUUCCAUCAGAAGAACGCUAACAUUUCCAGAAACAGAUCCACGUUUUCUACACUAACUACCUAUGCACAUUACAAAGAGCAAUUAAUCAAAAAUAAUAAUUUAAAAACUUACAUCCUGGUAAAUCUCCUUCUCCAGGCAAAGUGCCGCAAAAAUCCAGUUCUUGAUCGUUAUACUUGAAGACAAAAGUACUUUUAACUUGAAACGACGUGCAGGUAUCCAGUUCCAUCAGAAGAACGCUAACAUUUCCAGAAACAGAUCCACAUUUUCUACACUAACUACCUAUGCACAUUACAAAGAGCAAUAAAUCAAAAAUAAUAAUUUAAAAACUUACAUCCUGGUAAAUCUCCUUCUCCUCUUCUUCAAAUAGGUUAAUCACUUUUGUGGGCUGCAACUGCAAGACGAAUUCUGCAUACUCGAUAAUCUGAGUUAUUAUUCAUCUGCAAAAAAAAAAGCGAAAAACAUUCAUUUGAAUUUUUUUUUAGCAAAAUAUUUUACUUUUAGGUUCCCACAUUGUAACUCCAUCCAUUAAUAGAACUCUGGAAAAUGUUUCGUCUAAAAUUUUGGUAAUAUCUUGUGAAACGUGUACCAUUUUUACUGCCAAACAUACCAGUGGUAAUCUUUUCUGGGUUUGUUCUCUGUAGUGAUGGGAUAUUAUCGAUAUUUUGGGAUAUCGAUAUCAUCAAAAUAUCGGUGUGCGCCACAUCUUUCAGCAAACACCUCGGCUAGAAUAUGGUCUUCUGCAGCGAAAAGGUUUGUAAUAUGUAAGCAAAAUACGUCUUGAAUGACUUUGUUCGGCUGAAAAAUUGAAAAUUGAAUAAAUUUAAACGUGUUGUUACGGUACAGAUAUGACAUGAGCCAUGAGCGUUGAGCGUGAGUGAGAACGUGUGGCAAAAUUAAAAAUAAUCUAGACUGCUUCGAAGAGACUGACCCUCAACGCUCCUGUCAUGUCCAUAAGCUUAGUUAUCAAUAAUUGAAUAGUGUGAAAAUUUAACUGAUUCAGUUGAAUAAAAUAAAAAUGACAAAAAGAAUAAUUCACAUAAAUGCUUUUAUUUUCAGUUCAUUAUGAAUGAAUAAUUUAUGCUCACAGCUAAUGGGAAAUAAUGCGAUGUAAAGGUCUGUUAUUUCAGAGAGUAGGUAAUUUCUUAUUAAGAAAUGUGUUGCAGGUAUUAUAGUUUCCUUCCUGUGUUAGUUCCCUCAAGUUUGGGUGAAUGCGUUUGAUACAAGUGGUACUCUAAUCUCACGGAUGCUUUCAAUUGUUGUGUAUUAAGGUCUCAAGAAAUCUUGAUAGGUAGUGUGAUUGUAACACGCGAUUGGCACAAGAGAGUAGUUUAAAAUUUUCUGCUGAGAAUUUAAAUGCUAUGCUGACUUUACUCACUUCUAACAAAAUAUGAAAUUGAGCAUAAAUACAUUCAAAAUUUUUCUCAAAAGUAAAAACUCUGUUGAAUUAUUUUCAACGUUUUUUGUUUUUCAUUUUUCAUUUUGUUUCUUUAUUGACAUUUAGAUCAUACAUAGUAAAUAUAACAACUCUGAAAACGGUCAAUUUAGGAUUUUAAAUGUCUGCAAAAAAUCAAAAACUGAAUUUAGGCAGCUAAAAUUUUAGUUACUUUACAUAAAAUUGGCAGAGUACCUAUUGCACAUUCUUAGUUGCACAAUAAAGUACUUAUGAACCCAUGCGUCAAAGAAUUAUUUUUGAGGUAAAAAUUGAUGUAUUUUUUUGGGUUCUUCUUCGCUGCAUUCUUUUUUGCUUCUUUUUUCAAGGACUGGGUAGACACAAUCUUAAUUAUGCUUUCUGGGCUCUUUUUUUCUGGUAUUUUUUCCAGUUGGAAGUCUGUUCAGCUGUAGUUUCUUCCAUUUGUACCAUCGGAUCUAACUCGACAGCAGGUUAUUUCAAAACAAAUGAGAAAAUUGGUAAAUUAAGUAAAUUUAUAUACAUUUUAUUGGGCUUCUGAAAGAUUGACACCGCCUGCCCUUGGGUGGUCGAAAUAUGUCAAAAGCUACAAGAAUUGUGACCACAAAAUUGUGUCUAAAUUUUGACACUAAUGAAGAAUUCUAUCAUAGCAUGAAAAGUUGUUUUUUGACAUCACGAUUCCAAGCUCAUUGUACUGCAAUUUUAAAUCUGACAAAAUGUAAAUUUUCAGCAUACAACAUUUCCUCUGAACUAAUAAUUAGCAUAAACUCAUUCACAACUAUGACCUUCAUGACCAGCUUUCUCAGUGAGUGGAUUUGUAUGCAUUAAAACGUUACAGGCACCCAUCAGUAGAUGUUGGUGAUUAACAUGUACGCUCCCAAAUUUAACUAAAAAAAAAAUCAAUGAAAAUAUUUUACCUUUUAUUCCGCAUUCCCUUCACCCCAUCGCACCCUUGUCGUCACCUCAUCCAUUGUAAGGAACCCCAGCCUGGAGACCAUGCGAACGCCUGAUGUUGGUGGGCCAUAGGGUACCUUACUAUGUUUACUGCCAGGGGGCACAUCAUAUGGUAAUAAAAUGGAAAGGCUCUUUUAAAAUCCUCUGAAAAAUUGGGAAAUGGCGGCACGUUUCCGCCAUGUUGAACAGAGGAGUAGAGGGCGUUGAUAUAUCUCUGCACAAAAUAAAAAUAAAAAUUAAUUUAAAAAAAUAUAUUUUUGAAUAAUCGGAAUAAUGCAUGCAAAAUAAGUGAUUUUCUUACCAAACAUCGGUGCUAUUUUGUGGAUGUAGUCUUAGAAAUCUAGCCCUCCUCAGGACCGCCUGAAAUACGUACAAACACAAAAAAAUUAAUAAUUACAAAAAAAUCAACAUGAAUCAUAACCUCCCCAACCUUUCCCCCCAUUUUUCCCCUUCUCUCAAACACAAUCAUCACACAUAUAAAUUUUACAAUAAAAUUAUUCUUCUCUUCAAGUAAUAGAUUUAAUAUCGUUCUUCCCUUCGUUGUCAAUGUUCAGGUAUUUGUUAAAAAACACUCCCUAAGUUAGUUGUUUCAAAUGUUCGACUUUCGAUUUUUCUUUUAAAAAAAAAUAAAAAUAGUCCACAUCGGUGUUUUCUGCAGUACACCCAAACAUCCUUCACCGGCAUUGUUGUCAUCGACAUGUCCUGCAGGAGUCUCAUCGUCGCUCUCCUGCAGAUCAAUUUCAAUUUAUAUGGUUUCGAAUUCCAGUUCGAGUCCUAAAUAUGAGAAACAUAAGUUAUAACCAGUUUUACAUGUCGAUUGGUUCCACAACAUUUCGAAACUGUAAGAUAAUUAUAUAGGUACUUAGUACAAAGUGAAAAAUAAUUCUCUUGAAAAAAACUAGGUUUUUCAAGUUUUCUUUUGGGUGGUCUUAAAUAAGUGUUAAAAGGUCAUUAUAAUUUAAAUUUCCUCAAUGUACCUAUACCAUGGACCCCACAACCCUGAUGCCAGCUCCUCAUACUGCGGGGGAGGUCCUACAGUGCUAGAGGCUAGACUCCGUAGCGCCUCCAUUGCUGGCAUCUUAUUUCUUUCAAGUCAUUAAUCUCUUUGAAGUUUUCCCAAUAUUUAUCAAUCCGCAAUGAAAAGUUAUUUUUAGUAACUAAUCCACUACCUAUUUCAAAAUAUCCUGUCAUGCACGAUUCGUCUAUAUGUAAUCAACUGCUACUGGUAUAGGGUUUCAUCCUAGGUGUAAUCUAGGUUUUUUUGAAAUCCAGAAUCACUUGUAAUAAUAUCUCUGAAUAAAAAAAGUAAUAUUUGCGGCUCCUCUUUGGAAUUGGGCACUACUACAUUUGGUUCGGAGUUAUCCGGAGAAUUGUCACAAAUUCUGGGUAGCCCCAGGCUGCUUAAAUAUAGACUCCUCGUCUACUGAGAAGUCGAUACCCUGUAAAAAAAAAUACUUACAUAAAAUUCCCAUGUACAUAACAAUACUUUCACUACGCGACAGUACUAUUGCAGUUGGGAUUUCACACACAUCCCCACCUGCUUCUUCAACUUGCGAUACAAACGAUGCCCAGAAGCUCGACAAAUCUAAAAUCAAAAAUUAAUUCAUCUGUUAAUGCGAUGAAACAGGACGAAAAAUUACAAAUUUUUCCAUAAAAAUCUCGUAUUUCCCCUGUUUUGCCACCCUCUCAAAAAAUUGAAACAAAAUUCAUUCAGAUCAAAUAUUGAUGCAUCACCAUUUUCUCCCAAACUAAACCCAAAAUUUGAACUUUUUUUCUCUCCUUUCUCACAUAUUCCGAAUAAAAACAAAAAAAAUAUCGAUCCCCUCACAAGGAUCCCAAUUCACUUUCAUUUAACCCAAAUCAUUUUUUUGAAAAUUCAAUCUCAACUAUUUUUUUGAAAAAAAUGUUGGUUUACCACUUUGAGAAAAAUAGUUCAGAACAAAAACAAUUUUCUUUCUUUCAACUUUUUUUUUUUUUUUUUUUUUUUGACAAGAACUUCAAAUUAGAAAAAUUAAUUUUUGUAAGCACAUACACAUACGAAUUUCACUCAACAGAAAUCGGAUAUGAAACAUGAAGCAUGAACCAAUUUUAAUCGUAUGUCACAUCAUUCAUUUCAUUCAGCAGAAUCAGGAGACUUUUUCAAAGUGAAGUCUUUGAAAAAUAAUUUUUUCCUUAGAAAAUUGAGAUCAUCAAAGUAAAAUAUCUUCUUUGGUGAUGUUUUCACAUUGCAGUGUUAAAUUUUAUUUCAAGAUUUGAUUCGUCAUAAAUACAUACAUCGCUUCAUGAUUAUCCGACGGUUUGGUAGCAAUUCGAUUUGGUUGAAAUACAUUUCGUGAAAUUUAUUUUAGGCCACACAUUUUCAUAAUAAUCACACUGAAAAUAGUAGGUACCAUGCAAUGAAUAAAACAAAGCUAUACAGAAAACUUAUGAGUAUUACUUUCUACAUAAUGAUUUUUUUUAAAAGUUUCUCUUUCAUUUUUCAUCAUACUUACUCAAAAUUUUUUCAUUUUCAUUUUUUUUUUUUUUUUUUUUUGUAGAAUGUAUGAGAUAGACAUUAAAAAUUGAUCCAAAUGAAUUAAACAAUAAACCAAUAGGUAAUUUUAAAAUGUUGAAAACAUUAAUUAUUUCCCUAAACACAAUCUGAAUGUUAUUAAAGAAUUGUUGAUAUAAUGACGAUAAUUAAAACCAAAGGUGAUAUAAUUUGAGAUCAACCUGGAGGUGAAACAAAGUGUUCUGUGCAGAAAAUGCAUAGAACCGCUGUUUUAGAGAAUAAAAUUUCCGAUAACUUAUAAACAAUUCAUUUUUCUUUCAACUAUGUAGUUUUUCUGUUUUUGUCAAAAAAAAAUAGAAUUUUAGGAUAUAGGUACUUAUGUAUGUAAUCAUAAGGUUUCUGUUUUUUGGGGAAAAUGGAAAACCUAUGCGCUCUGAAAGAAAAUAAAUCAUUUGUAGGUUGUUGGAAAUUUUACUCUCUAAAACUUCAGUUCCUAGGUAUACAUUUUUCAUGUCAAACACUUCCUUUCACCUCCAGAUUGAUCGCAAAAUUGAAAUUUGCCCUUAGUAUAGUGAAGCAUUUGAGAAUAGUAAUACCUCUUUUUUUGCAGUGUGUGUUAAUUUAUGUGCUACUGUGCAAUGUUAUUUAUCCAUGUGAGACUCCACUCUACCAUCAGCUGUAACAACUUUCUGGCUUUCUUAAUCUUACAGCGCAUUCAACUGUGUGAAAUCCAAUGGAUAUUCCAGCAGUGGUGGUACAUAUUGCAGAUUGUAUUAUGUCCUUGUAAGUGUUUAUGCCUAUUUGCCAGAGUGAAAGAAAUUGAAGAAACAUCAGAAUCAAUGUUUACCACAGGAUAUCUCAGAAUCAAAUUCAGUAUCUGAAAAACCCAUUUAUUGCUCUACUAAUUUAUUCUUACAUGACAUUGCUGAAUAUAUCAGCUUAAAAUUCAUAUCAUGUAGGAAGUAAAUGGUUACUUACUUAGGCUACACAUAUUCAAUUUUGGUGCAGCAAGGUCUAUUAUUAACUUUACCUGCUUUAAUUCCACGUGGUAUUUGUUCAAAGCUCCCUUGUGAAUUGUUACAAAUAUAAAAUAAAGACAAGUUCAGUGAACAUGAUAUUAUCUUUUAAAAAAACUUGAAACUUGUAUUGAAGAAGUUGAGAAUAGCCGGUCUCUUUUUCCAUUUACCUUUCUAUCGAUAAUAUUGAGUAUGCGGCAUGUGAUGUCGUAGCCCAUUACCAUGCCUAAAAUUGUCGUUACUGAUCUAGUGGGCAGUUUUGUUGCUACGAUCAAAGGCUGCCUCUUUGUGGCCGGAUAUCGGACGAAAAAUUGCCGCAAACCAGAUUUUCCUUCUUCUGUCAUCUAUUUAUCAAAAGGAAGCAGAAGGAUUGGGGGGGAACGAAAGGGGUGGGUUUACUUCUUAAAGCAUCCCCUGAGGAAAUGUAGAGGAAAGCACGGAAAUUUGAAAAAAAGGUGACAUUGUUGAAUUGUUACACAUAUAAAAUAAAAAAACUCAAGUUCAGUGAACAUGAUAUUAUCUUUUAAAAAAACUUGAAACUUUGUGUAGUUUCAAAAUUGUGAUCAGAAGUUGAAUGCUAAAAACCAAAAAUGAAGGCAAUUCAUUUUGGACAAUAUGGCAAAUAACUUUUUAAAAGUUGAACAUUUUAAAAUAUUUAAUUAUACAUGAAUUGAGUAUUAAUAGUUUAUAAGAGGCCAGGCCAAAGAUGUAACUGGCAAUCAAUGCCAUGGCUGUGCACAACAAAUCUGGUGCGCCAACAAAAAAAAAUGUGAAUUGUUACAAGUAUAAAAUAAAGAAAUGCAAGUUCAGUAAACAUGAUAUUAUCUUUUAAAAAACUUGAAACUUUGUGUAAUUUCAAAAUUUUGAUCAGAAGUUGAAAGCUGAAAGCCAAAAAUGAAGGCAAUUCAUUUGGACAAUAUGGCAAAUAACUUUUCAAAAGUUAUGUACAUGAAAUAUAUAAAUGACACUAGUUUAUCUCAGAAUAAAUGGAUAUGUCAAGUUGCUUGUGAUACCCUGGAACUUCUUAGGCCAUUUUCAGAGUCUGGUGCAUUCCAAAUCAAUACAAGUAAUGAACCUAUAAAAACACUGUAACUUUUGGGGCCCUUCGUUCACUCCGAAGGGAAGUCACGUAAUUCGCAGUCACAAACCCAAAUAAAUAUCACUCUUGAAACUGACUAUUUAUCCAACAAUUAAGGUACACGACACCAGUAAUUAAUUCUCCUUAUUUAAUUCAUAUGACACAAACGAUAAUUACAGACAAUGAAACACAAAAUCAAAUAAACACAAAUACAUGAAUUGUAUACUGUUGAUUGGAGAUAAACAAUAAUAUGGAUAAGAGUAGAACACUGCUAAAAUAAUAAAGAAUAGGUAAGAAGGUAUAGGUUACUACAACAUCAUUUCAAGACGAAAGCGAUAUAUCUUCAACACACAUACACGACGAGUUAAGAUAGACCUAUGGAAAUAAACUAUACUUAAGCUACAAACAGUACGUUAACAUUACUCAAUCACACAUGAUGGUCAAUUUAUAAAUUUUUUCUUCGUCAUAAAAAUAUUUUGCUUGGUUAGAUAGUAACCCGCAUGUGUAAAGUAGAUUAGCUUCUGUAAUUAUCAUCGGUAUCCUGUUCACUCUAUACGAAAGAGCCGGCGUGAUCGUUUUCUGUGUUGGGUCAGAUACGAAUUCUAAGGUUGCAAUAUGCGUUUCACUGUUUGUGACGAAUUUCGGAUGGUAUGGGCGAACGUAUAUCAAUAUAGAGCCAUCGAGAAGAGACUCCUUUUUUAAACAAUAAUCCAUUUGGACCUUUCGAUUUAGACUGAAUGUUUCGGAGGAUGACGAAUUGGAAACAAAUAGAAUACGUAAAUUCAGACAAUUUGGUAAUAGAUGGCCAUCUCAACUAGUCCCAUCAAUUAUAUCUUCAGCAACAAUAUAAGUUAUUACUCCCAUGAGUAAAACUGAUACGCCGAUCAAACUUUUUCGAAGCAUUUUAUUGAACACGUCGUAGGUAAAAAUUUUCGAUACCGACACGUAAUUCCGAUGAUAGACAAUAUGAAACACUAGGAAAAUCAAAGAAAAUUCAUAUUCCAGGAAGCAAACUAGGAAACAUUAAGCAACCGAGAAACCAGAGAUGAGAAUGAACUGUUUGAAGCAUUCGUUGUGAUUAAUUUUCUCGUGUAAAUGACAGAUUAUCGCAUGAUCUGUUUACUUUAGACUCGGUUAUAAAGUUCAAAUAAGCUCAAUCACUCGCUCGACACCGGACGCAUCUUGUCUACUUAGGUCGUCUACAUUACCAUGGGUACUUAUUACGUAUGGUUUCACAAUUUCUUCAGAAAAUUAAAAUACAUAUGAGUAAAAUACUCAUGCUAAAAACUAGAACAUUCGUGUACUAAUUUUUUCAAACUGUAUUUUCUGUGAUAUUGAUACAUACUAGCGACUUUACUGGCCACCUACGGCGAUUUAUUUUUUGGCCGCCACAUCAGAGGUCAGCGAUAUCCUAAAUAAGAUAAAAUCCUUAUUUUCGACAAGAACAAAAAAUGAAUAAGACAGCUAAAAAAGAAUUAUAUACAACGCGACUUUCAAUACAGUCACCACUGUAGACCUAAUACAUACCCUACUUGAAGGUACUUUUUAGUCCAGAAAAAUUAGAUAAAUAAUUGACGGAUUCUAAACAUAAUUACCUACUUAUGUAUUCUAUAGAGGGGAAGAUUGCACUUGUGUAGAAUAAGUACUGUGGUUGAUGAUUUUCUUUGUAGGAGUCCACUUUUACAGACAUGUAUAUUUAAAUAUUCACCGAUAAUUCAGGAGUUAAGUACAACCAUAGCUCCUGGACAUUAAUUCAAGAGAAAUGAGAAAAUUACCCACUGUGGUAGAAGUGCGCCAGAAACAUGAGAGGAAAUUCCUCCAGUGUUUUCAAAAAUGAAAAAAUAGACUUAAAAGUAUUGAAAUUUAUACCAUUGAGCAGAACAAGAGAGGAUUAAGUUCAUUUGAUGAUGAAAGAUGUUUAAUUGAUGGGCAAACUAAUACAAUACCAUGGGGUUAUUAUAAUACAAUUCCAAGAGAUGAAUUUAUUGAGCAUUUGAAAAAUCUUGGGAGAAAAGAAGUUAUUGCAAAUUGAAUAUAAAAAGUAUAUUAAGUAAAUUUUUUUUAUAUCAUAAUUAUUUAAUAUUUUUUAAAAAUCUUUCUCAAUAUUUUUGAUUAUUUCUAGGGGGGGGGGGGGUGGCUAUCCCCCUGAUAUUCAGGAGCUAUGGUCAUGGCCCCUGAAAUUCCAUAAUGAAUAAACAUUAAAAUAUUAUAAUUGGUGUGUAAUCUUCAAUUUCUUUAACAUUUGUUUUUUUUUAAUUUUUGUAAAGUCAUUUUUUAAAAUCUAAAAUCAUGGCUACUAAAAGUAACCAUGAUUUCUUUACAGUAUGAGAGAGAAGAAAAUAUAAAAAUCCGAGUUAGAAAAUUUGUGAAAGUGUUAUUGUGUAUAUCUGAAAUAUCAAAGUUCAAACGCUCAUGGAAGAGCGUUUUUCGAUGGUGUUGAUCAUUAUUGAAUGAGAAUCCAUACAUGAUUUAAGAUCAGAAUGUAGGUACAUUGGUACAAAGUUCAAACGCUCAUGUUAGAGCGUUUUUUGAUGGUGUUGAUCAUUAUUGAAUGAGAAUCCAUACAUGAUUUAAGAUCAGAAUGUAGGUACAAAGUUCAAGUGUUCAUGUUAGAGCGUUUUUUGAUGGUGUUGAUCAUUAUUGAAUGAGAAUCCAUACGUGAUUUAAGAUCAGAAAGUAGGUACAAAGUUCAAGCGUUCAUGUAAGAGCGUUUAGAAUUGGUGUGGAAUCUUUGUUGAAAAUAUGAGUCACCAAUCUUUCAAUACAUGUGUGCUAGUUGAAAAACACAAGUGCGCUAGAACAAUUGAUGCAGAAUUGAUACAAAAAACUCAAAUUUUUGAACUAGCAAGGAAAAAAAAUAGGGUGAAAUGAUUCAUAUUUAGUAUAAAAACAGCUAAAUAUACAGGGGUAGGCGUAAGUUAGUAUUCGCAUUCGAAAACUGAUGAGUUUUCUUUAACACCCUGUUGUGUGUAAUUAGUAGGUAGAGGGUCAUGUAAGUAGUGCGUUGUGUUCGUAGAAGUCCCACCAACAUCUUGGUAGUAAUAGUUUCGUUCUUUACUAUGUCACUACAGAAAAAAAAUUACUUUUUGUUUUAAAAAAUUUUUAUUUGUGCAAAUCGGAAUACUAACUUACGCCUACCCCUGUAUAGAGAGAAAAUUGGAGGAUUUCUAGGAUUUUACUGAGAGGUUGAAAAUGAGGAAAAAUACCCCUUGUGCUAGAGAAAUUAUCAAGUGCGCCAGAACAUACAUUAUA